CAUAACCAAGGGAAAAUCAAUGAACUUGAUGACAGGGCAGUAGAAAUGACCCAAACUAAAACACAGAGAGAAAAGAGUAGAAAAAAAACAAACCCAGAGCAAAGGGUCCAAAAACCGCGGGACAACAUCAAAGUUUAACGUAUUUGCGGUUGGAAUCUCAGCGGGAGACGAGAGAAUGGGGCAGAAGAAAUAUUUGAAGUGAUGGCGUGUGAGGCGGAGCGCCGCCCCUUGGGUGUGUUUGAGUGCCAGCUCUGUGCCUUAACAGCUCCAUAUAGCUACGUGGGGCAGCGGCCCCCCGGCACCCAGUCUGUCGUAGGUGUGGGCCAUUCUGCCCACUGGCACCACUUCCUGUCCUGCAGCCUCCUGGAGGAGAGCUACGUCAUGAGGGACCCCUUCACCCCCAACAAGGACAGAUUCCUGAUCCUCGGCUCGAGAUGCGGCUUAUGCGGCAGGCUGGUGUGCGUGGGCCCGGAAUGCAGUUUAUUCUACUCCAAGAGAUUUUGCCUCCCCUGUGUCCGGGAGAACAUUGAUGCUUUCCCUCAGGAAAUUCAGCAAGACUUGGAGAAAAGGAAAGUCCCAUCCAAGAGGCCUGCCAGCCAGCCUGGUUCUCGAACAUGAGUCCAGUCGGGUACCAGGUCCGCAGCAGUGCGCUGCACGGGGCUCCUGGCCAGCGGGCUUCUGUGGCCUGGCUCAGAGAUGGGGCCAAGCUGGGAGCCGCUGUGACCGACCUUGUUUCUGGGCCAUCGGGAGCCGUGUCUGUAGCCAAAGGGAGCUGGGGUCCGCCUGCAGCAGCAACAGGGCCGGGAGCCACGCAGAGAGGGCGCCCAAAAGGCAGACAGACCCCAGACCCCGGUGCUCCAAAGACCGCAGCACCCCGGCCCUCACGGCCCCCACCUUAGCAAUUGGUGAGACACUGACUGUGGGCUCGCCGUGUGCCUGCCAGUUCUUAGAGGGCAGGAACUGCUCUGUCCGAUUCUGUAGUCUCCGCAGGACCAGUGCACACUGCCUGGAGGGUGCUAGAAACAUGUUUGAUGAGAGUAUGAAUAAAGAGCUUUUACUGA